AUGGCCCAGACUCAAGAGCGCGAUAUACCACAAGAAGUAUGGCUCGGUAUCGACAUUGGAACAACAACCACGAAAGUUGGUAUUUCGGUGAUCCACCAUUCGCCCAAGAAACACACCGACUACACCCUGCAAUUUCCGCUGAGCGGCGCUUACAGCAAUGCGAAAAUGACGGACGAGCUCGACUCCGCGAUGAUAUUCAAUACGGAGACAAGGGCAUGGUCAUUUGGGUCAGCUGGGCUGACAGUCCAUAAUGCACACGUCUUCAGGUGUAUCAAGCUCGGAGUGAUGGGUUUGGAUCCAUAUGCCGGACGUCUAGCUGCUUCAUGUGCAAGGCUAGUUGGUACCGAGGGGUGCCCCGAAGAGUUCACGGUCGCCUCCCUUUUCCGCACGCUUUUUGAGAUCGAUGCCUGGCUUACCUACCCAGUCAACUACAAUGAACCCUUACGCGUGCUUCUUCUCCAAGAAGCUAUGGCAGCUGGAUUGUAUGUGAGGGGAGCUCUUUCGGAACCAGUCUCAGCCGCCUAUCUUUCUGAAUUCAAAAUCCCUGAAAUUGAUGACACAAGGAUGAUACUCGAUAUCGGUGGGGUAACGAUGGAUGCCACCGUCGUUCAUAAGAAUGCAGAUGGGUGCUUGAUCCAAGCUUGUCCCUCAGACGGAGUCAUCUGUGGAGGUCAGAGCGUGAAUGAUCGAAUUCGUGAUUGGCUCAGAAUGAACAAGCCAGACUGGGCCGAUGCCUUGAAUGAAGAGAGCCGUUGGGACAUUGUAUUUGCACCUAUUGUCAAUCUGAUCAAAGAGGGAUUUAACGGAAUAUCUGGUCAUGAUAUCCACUUCGGAUUGGAAAGUGUUACGGUCCCUCCCGAUUGUAUCAAAGCUUCCUUCGAACCUUUGCUAGUGAACGCGGUUGAGCUAUGUGUCCGACUUCAUGAUGCGACGCCGAAGAAUUACGAUAUCUCUGUUAUAAUCGUCUGUGGAGGUACCACGAGGAACGACUGGUUCACGAAAGAACUCUUCGCUCGACUUCAACAACGGUUGACCGAACUUCGACGAUAUGAGAUCAUGGCAGAUCCCGGAGUGGUUGCUUUGGGGGCAUUAUUCUACGCUCGCUCCCCAACCGUCGAGGAAUCCUUAAUCACCAGGGACCUGGGAGUAACGUACCUUGGUGACUAUGAUUCGAGAGGCAAUUCUUUAGACCCGCACUCCAUGAAUACCGGUAUCGGAUGGAUUCUAAGAAAGGGCCAAGACCCGGAGAAGGUACCGGGUAUCUUGACGUUCACGAAGAUGAUUCAGCCGUUCUCUAGCGAGCCCGGUGACACCUUGAUCGAAUCACACCUGCUCGCAACGCCUGCACACUCCACGUCUUUCGCUGAUGCGCAUAUUCGCAAGAACACCCAAAUUGUCUGGCCAUGCGAUAUAACAUACCCAGCAAAGGAUAAAGAUCUCAGGUCUCUUUCUCAUCUCGGGACGUUUUCCGGAAGCAUACAGCAUGAGAUUCUUUUCCCCCCGGGGAGCGAUGUCGAGGAACAGGUCAAGUUCCAGUUAUGUCUCAUCAACGACCGGCAACUUCUACGAGGUGACUUCAGCGUGAUUCUUCCGACCGGCUCACAUCCUUUGCGCGACGGAAUCUUCAACCACGACACCAUCUUUCUCCUCUAG